ACAUUCAACAUAACAGCAGGCAGACAGAAACACUCAGAACUAAUAUUAUAUCAUACACCAGCGCGACAAGCGCGUGCAUCUGUUGACGCCCGUGCACCACAGCAGCCGCCAGCCGCGCGCGACUGUACGCGCGGAGCUCGCGAUGAUGGCGGACUGUGUCGGCUUCCAGGCGCAGAUCGCCUCUAUCAUAGAGAUCCUGGCCAACUCAGCAGUGGUGGAGAUCUGCAAAUUGGUGGACGAUGGCUACGCGGCGCUGCGGUCACAGAUGUACCAGGAGCGCGAGAGGAGCGAGAAGGAGAACGACGCGCUGCGGCGGAAACUGCAGGAGAUAGACGUGAAGAUGAGGAGCUAUGAGAGGAAGAUGAGGAGACGGAGUCAGAGGGAGGAGAUUCACGCCGUUCAUUUUAGGCCACCCGAAGGAGCUGAGGACCAUCAUCCUGUGGUGCUGCCUCUUCCUGCGUCAUCUGAAGACAAACCCUUCCAUCACAUUUCAAAGCAGGAGGAGACCAAGGUGUUGCCCCUGGUGAAGCAGGAGGAAGUGGAAGGAGACGACUGCAACCUGGACCUCAAGGUGGAGGUCAACAUCAGGGCGGAGGCCAUGGAGCCCAGUGAGGACCCUGACCCGAGUGAAACUGUUCUUGACACCAACGUCACCAACGUCCCCUGCUCUACCUCACAGCCCUCUUCCCCCCCCACUGAGGCCACAAUGAACCUGACCUACAAGCCCCAAGCUAAACGUAAAGCCCCCGCUCCUCUGGGCAACAGUUUGACAGUCAGCAGUGGGGGGGUCACAGUCCCUGAAGCCGCUUGUAGUGACUCAGGAGGAUGCCUAACCGAUGGAGCUCUGAAGCCGGAGGUCCAGACCGAUGAGGCUGCAGAGGAGGAGCUCCAGGCCCCUGGAGCCUCGGAGGAGCCCAGCCCAGAGCGCCUCAACAGCCUGGGCCUGGACCUGGCCUGGAUGCAGGAGAGGGUCAGCCAUCUUGGUGCAGCAUAUGCAGUUGCACAGCUGGGUUUGGGGAACACGGACACCGGCCACCCCUCUGCCUCCUUCCCCUCUCAGGGAGGGGCAGACAGUCUGGAUGGCCCUCCCACCAUGCUCUUCACCAGUGGUACUCAUGAAAUGGCUGCUUUUGCUGCCUCUUUCGGCAUGGCAGCAGCAGCAGCCGCAGCUGUUGUGACUGCACCACCUCCCCCACCUCCUCCCCCUACAGCACCCUCUGCCCCCUCCACCAGCCCGAGGCGGCCAUACAGGAGCGGUGUAGCUGCUGCUGCUAAAGAGCCUGUGGUGUGUGCUGUGUGCGGGCGCCUCUUCCCCAGCACAGCGGCACUGGAGCAGCACCGGCGGGUGCACACCGGAGAGAGGCCCUACACCUGCCCCCACUGUGGGAAGGGCUUUGUACAGCCAAACAACCUGCGGGUCCACCUCCUCAUCCACACCGGGGAGAGGCGUUAUCGCUGUACGCUGUGCGGGAAGAGUUUCAUCUCCUCCAGCCACCUGAAGAGGCACCGCACCGUGCACACGCAGGAGAAACCCUACUGCUGCUCGCGCUGCGGACAGUCCUUCAGCCAGAUGUGUAGCGUCCGCAGACACCGGCAGCAGUCGCAGUGCGGCCUGUAGACAGACCACCGGAGGGGGGGCUGGCAUCUGGAACUGAUCCUCAGACAGUUUGUGCUCUUGAGUUUGUGUUCACAUGGGAAAUGUAGCAUCUUAUGUAAGCACAAACAAAGAAGCAAGCUGUAUCCUGUGAUACCAUGGCACCUAGAUCAUAGCAGUGAAUUAUGUUCUAAAGGCGGAGGAAAGGAUUACCCUCGAAGCGAUCUCCAACUUUUUCUUACUGUGUUUCAAACUGAGUGAGGUCACUGAGUAGACUGUGAAAGAGUGCCUGAUACAAUGUUGGUAAAUAUUUAUCCAUCAAUUAGUCAUUACGUUUAGUUUUUACAAAGCUCACACACAUAAACUAAUCCAGGAGGAUGAUGAACAUACACACACUUUGAGCACCUGACAACUCUAUAGAACUAAUGAGGAUGACUUUUUCAAUUGUCUGAGAUACAUUCAAAACAUAUUAGGUGUUAGAAAAAAACAUCUAUUAUUGCCUUAUUUUACUGUGAUUCUAAAUGUUAAAAAUUCAAUAUGAAUUGUUUGGAAGACUGUUGUUUUUGCUUAACUUAGUGUCUCACACGGCAACAUGAAAAAUUAAAGGAUGCUGAGGUGACUGGAAGAAAGGGGAGCCUGGUAGUUUAGUUAGCCUAGCUUAGUCGAAAAGGAAACCGUAAUACAUUGUAUCAACUAUAAAGCUGUCUUAGUGGCAUGUUGGAAUGUAUGUUGUCAACAUAUACAUACUGUAGGACGUGAAAAGAAAAAACUUUGAUUUAGCUAAACAAUAACAGCGGCAAUUUGUGGUGCGCCACACACACAAAGACACAACAACUCAACAAGAUUGAACAAACAUCCGACUUACUAUGAUAAGCCCUAGCUUGAGAUGUAUUGGUGACUUGUUAGUGAAUAAGAUUCAACAUCAAAAUAAGACAGCUUUGGAGGUGUUGGGAAUAGAUUUUAAAACUUCUGCUUCAUGGAGCUUUUUCAUACCUUCAUCUUAGAGAGAGUUUUUCAUUUCUUGAUCAGAUGUUCUAAUGCUUUCCCCCAAAACCCUCAUAUAACUCACCCUCAUACAACCCCUGCCUGCAGAGGAGGUUUGCUCAGCUGCUCAAACAGCAUGCUUGCAGAUAUAUUGUUGCAGAUUCCCUAUAUGGAGCUCCAGCCCCCUCCUCUCACUCAGGCUGCUCCUCUGAGUGCUGCCAACGUUUCAACUGAGUGCAGUGUUCCAGUUACAAAGUACAUUUAGUCAAGUAAUAUACUGAAGUAGUAUUUGUACACAUUUGUACCUUACUUGAGUAUUUUCAUUUAUUGCAUACAUAUACUUGUACUCCACUACAUUUAUGAAAAUGUAUACAUAAAAACACAUGUGAUGCAGUACUGUAUUUUUUAAUAUACACAGUAUUUUAAAACGUAUCCAAAAUUGGCUCCACAUGAACAAACCACAACAACAAGAAUGAUCAAAAAGUAAUAUUCUAUAACGAGCCUUUCUGCAUGCAGAGUAGCCUACUUGAUACAAAAUAUAUGACUGAUGAUACUUCUGUAUUUCUACUUAAUUAGCCUUUUCAAUUAAGGAUUGUUACAUGAAGUGGAGUAUUUUAUUGGUUUUGGCAAAAGCAGAAAGCUUUUCAAAAAUCUGAACAAGGUCUCAAAUUGAUACUAAGAAAAAAGCUCCGUAUUGCUUCCCUAUGCCUCUAGUCUUUGUGCUAAGCUAGGCUAACCCCGCCCUGGACCCAUCUGUAACCUCCACAUCUUCUUUUUCUGGCUGUUGCUAAGAAACAAGUAGUAUAAUCUGCAAAAUAUCUGACUCUUCCAAUUAAGCACUUUAUAUAUUCCCCAAACUCUUCAUUGAAGCAAUCAGAGGCAGUGUUAAUACCCUUUGUUUUCCAUGAUGUGUUGAUCACAUAUAGUCCACUGUGUGACUCAUAUUGCUCCACUGUCCUUUCUUAGUGGCGUGUUGUUGAAUGGUAAAUGUACCUUCUUUUCUAUGAUUAUGCAAAUUCUUAUGUCACAUUGAUUGUCAGUAUAUUUAUUUGCUCUGAUUUUUUUAAGAAUAGAAAGGAAAAUGUCAUGUACUGUUAUCCAGAAGAUUCUAGAAUUGGGCAGUGAAAUAAAAAAGUUUUCAUUUAUUAGAUACAAAGCCCAAAAGAUGCAGGCUCUGAAAAAAAACUUUAAUUCUACUCUUUCAACUUUUCACAGGUUGAUGCCGAGGUGUAACAGUCUUUUUAAUGUCAAUCAUCCUUUUUCUUAUAAAAAAAACAAAGAACAAAGGCCUGUACAAAGAUGUAAAGUAAAACAUAUAUAUAUAUCAGAGAGUCGUGUUUGUAUGUGUAGGUGUUUGUAUGUAAUGGGCACUAGCUGUAGGUUCCACAGCAAUCAGAUAUGUUGCCUUUCAGUACUCUUUCAAGACAUGGUCUGGUGUUUUCAAAUGUAUCGGUAUCAUUAAACAUGUAACAUGUUUGCAAUGAACUUGGCUUUGCUGUGGUCUGAUCCCGUAUAAAGAACAGGAUUUCCUUGGAUAAGGAAAACACAAGACACUCAUCACCGAGGUCACAAUAUCAAUCGAUCCAGCAGAGCAAUAGCCUAUAGGCAAAACACAGAAGAUCAACAAAGAUAUGACAUC